AUGAUGCGACUGUUUUUGAUAUUGUUAUUGACUGCUGGGGUUGGUGGUUACAAGUUUGAUCCGGAGAGCUUUAAAUGUAAGUUGUGGUAGUACUGUUAGUACUAGUGGUACUUUUUGGGUACUGUUGGGUAGGGUAGGGUAGGGCAGGGCAGAGUAGGGCAGGGCAGGGGUGGGCAGGGUAUGGUAAGGUAAGGUAAGAUGAGGUAGGGUAGCUCAUGAUAAAAAAUAUUGUUUUAGUGAUUCAAGAAGACCCACUAAAUGCUAAUUUUGUAAAUCAAUAUACCAAACCCAAGCUGGGAAUCAACAUCUACACUAAUGAAAGUCUACCUCACGAUGUUGUUGUACAUUCAUAUGACAUUUCGAUUGAGCCUUUCUUUGCUUUUAAGGAUUUUAAGUUUGACAAACGUAAGUUUAUUAGCCCUUCCCUGCUCUGCUCUGCUUUGGUUUACCCUGCCCUGCUCUGCCUUGCCUUGACUUGCCCGGCCAUACCCUGUAUUGUCCUGCUCUAUUUUACUUUACCUUACCUUACCCUACUCUACCAUUUUUUGAUCUACACUAAUUAUAAUAUAUUAUUCAGAGCUCCUAAACACUCUUAAUGGUGCAGUAACAAUCACAUUUUCCGUCUUAUCACCUACGGCAUCAAUUGAGUUGGCAUCAUCAGUUGUUAUCCAAGAAAGCAGCUUGAAAUUAAAGAACAAGUACCUUCAUAUUACCCAGCUUGUGAAAGGCAAUAAGGAUCAUCUGAAUUUGCGAACAAGAGAAGUAUUGUUGCCAAACAAGAACUACACACUACAUUUCCGAUACCAUGUAAACACAAGUGACGUUUAUCAUGGAGGUGUGUAUACCUACAAUUAUAUGGAUAAAGAUAAUCAAAUUACGUAGGUUUUUGGUUUUGAAAAUUAAGUUUUCUUCUUAAAUUUUUUUUGGACAGUAUUAUUUAACUUAUAUUAUAGUAGACACUUUUUGCUAAAAAUGAUAAAAAGCUGCAGUCUGCGGGUGACAUGUUACACGACCUUUUUCAAAAAAUUAGAAUUAGGCUAAGAACAGUUGCAUUAGGAUUACCAUGGCUAGGUUUAAGUUAUGGUUUAGGCUAGGGUUAAGGCUAAUUUCUUUUUGUAAUGCUAGGGCUUUGUUUAAGAAAGGAGCUAGCUUCUUGGGUGAGCUGAGCUUGGUUGACUGUGGCUGCGCUUGGUUAGGCAUGGGUGUGCUUGGCUGGUAUUGGCUGUGCUUGGUUGAAGGUGGCUUGUCUUGGAUGUUACUUGGGCUAGAGCUUGGGCUAAGGUUGGGGCUACGGUUGGACUGGGCUAGGUUGGACUGAACUGAAUAGGGCUGGUCUGGAUUGAGAUGGGUUGGGAUAAGGCUAGGACUAGGGAUAGGGCUCUAGGCUAGGGCUCCGGGCUAGGGCUCUGGGCUAGGGCUCUGAGUAGGGCUCUGGGCUAGUAGUGGGUUAGAUUGGGCUGGCAUAAUCUGAGAAGGGCUGGGCUUGUCUAGCGCUGGUUUAAAGCUAGGACUAGAAAUAGAGCUAGAAAAAUGGCUGGUCUAGCUAAACAAAGACUUCAAAAUAAAUUUAAAUUUUAAAAAUUGUCUUUUUCAGAUCUUUAAUGGCGACAAUUUUCGAAACGGUGUAUGCCAGAGAACUGUUACCUUGUUUCGAUGAUCUUUUCUUCAAAUCCACCUUUACUUUGACAAUUAUUCAUCCAAAAGGAGCUAAAGUGUACAGUAACUCCGAAAUUGACAGUCAACAUGAGUUUGAGUAAAUUUUGUCUUAUAAUUUUACUUUUACAUUACUUAUACUACAACAUUUAUACAUAUACUGAACUAAUAGGAAUUGCUUUUAGUAGCAAAACUUGGCAUAUAACAGUAAUAUAAUAUAAUAUUAUAGCACAUAUGUAGAUAUUUUUAUAGUAAAAAGUAGGGUCAAAUAUUGUGUAUAUAAGUUUUCAUUUUAGCGAACAACGUUACCUGACAAGAUUCAAAGAAACUCCAAAAAUGUCGACCUAUCUUUUGGCUUUUGCUAUUGGUGACUUUGCGGAAAGACAUGCUGUUUCAGCUAGUGGUGUUAAGGUAAAGCUUUUAAAAACUUUUUAGUAAAUAGUGGUUUUAAAAAAGUUUUGACGUUGUUUAACUUCAAAGUCUUUGUAAAUAAACGACAAGACUUUUAUGAUUACCUAACUGAAAACUAACAAAUUUAAAUUUUGUCUUUAGAGCAGGGUGACCAGUAAAAUAUUGAGAAAUUUUAUUUUUUCUUUUGCCUUCUCUCUUUCCCCCCCCUUCAUUACAAUAAUCAGAUUAAUCUUUUGAAUCUUAGAUUGGAGCCAUGGCCAUCAAUAACUUGGAACGGUUCAUUGAGGAUGCGGCUAAAACAGGUGCUCAUUGUGUUGAUGCUAUGGAAAACUUGGUCAGAGUCAAUUACCCACUUUCUAAACUUGGUAUGUUACUUUAAUAUCUAAAAGGGCUAGGCGAACUGAUAGAGGUAAGGCACAGGUAGCUCUACCUGUGCCAAUUUUUUCGACCCCCGCUCCGGACCAAAAGUUUCCGCCCGCCCCUCCUGAUGGCAGCCAAUUAGAAAGUAAAGCCAUGUAAUUUCAGACCACCUAGACACGGUGCAAUUCUCAGCCGGAGGCAUGGAAAACUUUGGUCUAAUCAUUUAUGGCAAUUUCGUCCCAGAACAAGUUGGAACCUCGAUUGCCGAAAGAUAUUCACGAAAGAGUGUCAUUUGCCACGAAACGGCACAUCAGUGGUAGGUCUAACAUAUAGCUGACUGAGAUGUGAAGACGAGCAGGGAGGGCUACAGUAAGAUUUGCAGACGAGCAGGGAAGGGCUACAGUAGGAUGGGGGAGUAGUGACAGUGUACAGCUAUGAUAGAAUGAAGACUAGAUAAGGCUAGGGUAGGGUAAGAUAUGGUAAGGGUGUUUUUUUUUGGGAUAGGGUUGGUCUUUAAUACAGGGUGUGUAAAAAGUUUUGUUACACCGUUUUUUAAUCAAAUAUUUAUUUUAACAACAGGGUAGGGUAGGAUGAUGGUAGGGCAUGAUGAAGUAAUGUUAGAACAAGUAAGGGUGAAGGUUUGAUGAGGGUAGGGUAGGGAGUUUGAUGAGGCUAGGGUAGGGUAAACUAAUUUAUGGUAAGGUCGAUUCUUAAAAAGAGCUAUUUUUAGGAUAGGAUAGGGUUAGGGUAGGGCAUAGUAAAGUAAUGCAAAUCAUAGGAAUAGUGCUAAUUUUAAACAAGUUUAUGUCAAGAGUUUCAAUUUUAAAUUUUUUCAGGUUUGGCGAUUUGGUAACAGCGGAACGAUGGGGAUGGGAGUUUUUGCACGAAUCUUUUGCCGAUUACUUCCAAGCAAAGAUAGUUGGACAAAUGAAUGAAUUCAAGCAAUAUGCGGUAGGUUUUUUCUUUACUUUCUUUAAAAAAAUAUUAUAUUAUGUAGUUAAACAACCUGCAUAACGAACAACUUUUGAAUAUCCAACUAACGUCACACGGUACAUUUAAAACUCUUGUAUAUUGCUUAAUCGAUUCGUUAUACAGGAGUUUCACUGUAUUUUAAAAUGUUUUUUAAAAAAUUGCUUUGAGGGCACAGAAUUAUUUGAACAUUCUAAUAAACGUUUUUCAGGAAGAAUCUACUGUUGCUGUCACGUUGUACGCUGUUGGUCAAGCAAAUUAUGCUACCCAUCCUAUUGCUGACAAUGUUAGUCAUUUUGAUAGUAAGUUUUUGAUCAUGGUUGGGCUGUACAAGAUAGAGAAGGGGGAACGUUACCUAGCACAGCAUUUUUUAUGAUAGGAUACUGUAACUUAAAAUUAUAGUCAAAAAUUUACUAUUUUUCAAUUUAAAAACGAAUUUUUAGGGAUAACAUACCAGGUUGGAGGGGCCGUACUGAACAGUAUUCGACACGUACUGGGCGACGACGUAUUUUAUAAAGGAUUACAUACAUAUCAGGUUGAGAAUGCAUACGGUAACGCACGGUUAGAGACUUUACUCAAGAGCUGGUCUAAGGUAAGACAUACUCAAGCUUAUAUUAUAGCACUUAAUCGGAGGUAAUAUUUAGCACUACGCUUAGGUACUAUUUAGAACUAUACUAGGUACUAUAUAGCACUAUACUGAAGUACUAUUCAGCAUUAUACUUAGGUACUAUUUAGCACUUUAUAUCAGUACUAUUUAACUAUUUAGCAUUAUAUUUAGGUACUACUUAGUACUAUACUAGGUACUAUUUAGUACUAUGCUUAAGGUCCAAUAGCUUUGUUAGAGCACUUUUAAAUGGUUAAUUCGGCUUUUGUGUACUGUAACAUGAGAUAUUUUAGCACGUGUUAGAUAGUACUAUAUCUUAUUUCAUACUAUAUAGUACUGUACUUCUUAAAACUUUUAUAACAUACUACUAUAACAUGCCAUAUUUCAGCACAUGGACACAGAGUACCUAUGUGGUGACCUGACCUUCACUGACUACGCCUCAGACUACUUCCUUCAAACUGGCAUACCUCAAAUCAACAUCAACUUGACCAGUACCAAAGAGUACGAACUGACUCAACUCCUCUUCGAAAACAGUACCACUUGGAACGUACCAGUCUUCAUCCUGGACCUAGACACAAACAAAGAACAUGUCAUGUGGCUAUUGAAGGAUGGUGGUAUGUGUCAUACCGAGCACUUUGCUCUGAAGCCUGAGGGCAGAUACAUGUUCAACAACGAUGCCAAGACCUUUGCCAACUUUGAUAUUGAUGACAUUUUGUGGAAGAGGGUCUACGUUCAUGACAAAUAUACACAACUGUCAGUGCAUAACCAGUACUAUCUAUUACAUUACCUUAGCACGAUUAAGAAACAGUACCCUGUGGCAAACGGACUGAUUCACAAAACUGUCAAAGCGAACAAAGGAAAGACGUAUCCGGUUACUUUGGGAUUCUUAUGGUCUCAUGGCGAAGUAAGUGGAGUUUUGUGGGGUUGUUACCUAGGUUAAUAUAAAAAAACUUUAAAAAAAUUAAAAAAAUUUUUUUAAAGUUUUUUGAAAUUUGAAAAAUUAUCAAAAUGUGAUACUUAAAAGUUUAUUUUUUUUAUAAUAUUUUAACUAUGUAUUGACUACAAUGUCAUUAUAAAUCUGCUUUUAAGGUUUAAAAACUGCAGCCUGUACAACAUAGGGCGCAGUGCGAAAAAGUAAAGAUAUCUAUUAGGUUGUUCGAAUAAUUCUGUGUCCCCACUCAACACAAAUUUUUCGGAACAGUGAGCACAAAAUUUUGUGAACAACAUAAUAAUGACUUUAUAUAAUAGUAUUUUAGAAUUACAACGAAACCCUGAGAUUACUGAGCGAUGCUUUCGAUUAUGAACCCACACCUUCUAACAGGUAUGAGUUGUUAACUAGUUUAGUAACCCUAGCCUUAGCCCUAGCUCUAACGUCCUUGCCCUUGCCUUUGUCUUUGCCCUUGUCCUUGCUCUUGCCCUUAACUCUAGCCUCAGGUCCUGCCCUACCCUACCCUACUCCAAUUUGUUUUACUCUAUUAUAAUAUCUCCUACUCUGCCCUACUCUGCUCUACCCUAGUCUACCCAUUACAGGUGUUAACAUAGUAUCUUUUGUAGACUUUUGGGAUCGUAUUUCUUGGAAAGAGCAGUAAAUGUUGGAAUUGACAGUGUUGUGAAGAAGACCCAGGAGUAUUUCGACCAGUUUAAAGUGGAUUGUGGCUAUGGCAAAGAUGCGUUUGAAUGUACAAAGUAAGGUUAUAAAGGAGUUUGUACCUAAAGAGUUAUAAAAAUGUGUUAUUUUGACCCAAAAAGGUAAUAUGAAGAGGUUAUUCUUGCCUAAAAUGAUGUCUUUUCGGCUCUGAACUUCAUUAUGUUAUCUAAAAUAAGGUCUUUAUUAUCUAAAAUAAUAUUUUUUGUGUAUAAAUCUAUGAUAUACUGACAUAAAGCAAUGCUUUACAACCUAAAACAUCAAUUUCAGGCUGACCCCUGAGUUCCGUCGUGCAGUUUACUUUCAAGGAGCUAAAGACCCAGAGGGCAAAAAGUUACUGCGGGACUACCACUACCGCAUUUUGGCCCAUAAGUACUCGGAACAAAUGAAAAGUGAGCUGUACCGUACCGGCUUCUUCUAG